AUGACUUCAUCCCAAGUAUGUCAACUCUCUCCCGAACUCGCUGGGGUUGCCCGCAAAUUCCGUUUCCGCAAAGCCAAAAACAUCGGCGCCAUCACCAUGAAAGCCAGCGCUAAAACCCUGACCGUAGAACUAGAAGAAACCUACGAGGACACCACAAUAGAGGACAUAGCAGACGACCUGCCCACCGCAGAGCCCCGCUACCUCCUCAUCAGCUACGUGCUGAACCACCCCGACGGCAGGGUCUCCUACCCUCAGUGCUUUGUAUUCUACACUCCCCCCUCCGCAAAACCGGAAAUGAGAAUGCUGUAUUCCUCUUCUAAACCAGGGGUUGAGGGGAAGAUAGAUGCUACUAAGAGUUAUGAGCUGAGAUGUAGUGAGGACCUGACUGCUGAGUGGUUGGAGGAGGAGCUGUCUAGGGUUUAA